ACGAAGUGAAGAAGAGGAAUUAGAAAGUGAAAAUUCAGAUAAUGAAGAUGAUCAUGCAAGCUCUUCUAGGAACUCUACUCGAUAUGGCUGUAGUCACCCAAGCAAGAGUCAUCAGGGCCGUGCUCGUCCUUAUAGACUUCCAGAAUCUUCUGAAACUCCUUUAACAAAUAUCAGGCUUGAGUUUUUGCCACCUCACACUACUGCUCACCUGCAACCAAUAGAUGCGAAUAUCAUUAAUAGCUUUAAAGCAAA